AUGAAAUUGGUGAUACGAGUUUCAGACCUAGUUGCAGUAGUUUUUCAUUAAGAACUGAGUGAGGAACUGUAGGACUCACAUUUGAUAUCACUAGACGGUCUGAAGGAGAAACUAAUCUCCGUCCUCUGAAGAUCUCACCAUUUACCUCUAUUUGUCCAUGAUUCUCUAAAAAGGUGUCUACUAACUGUUUAGUUGCUAAAUAUAUACAUAUUCUGUUGUUGGAAAUUCUGGAACAGAACAAUAUAUUUUUCGGGUUGACGAUUGGACCAAGCUUAAGUAGGUAGUCUUGUAGCUUAGCUCCAUCAGAAGAAUUAAAUAUAAUCGCUUGAUCCUUGUUUGGGUACUUGACUGUGUUUUGAGUAAGUACGUUUGAGUAGGACUGAGCUGUUGUGUUUCUUUCAGAUGAGUUUUGGUUAUUAACAGAUGACAUUAUGGUAUAGUGAAAUAAACUCCAGGUAGAUGCCGUAUCAUUUCUCGAUACGGUCCUGCUUAUCCGCAAAUAUUUGUUGUGUUUGGGAUUACCUGUGCUAGCGCACGCCGGAGAUAUCGUAAGUAAUUAUUUCAGAUUCUGAUCUUAUUUAUCGCAUAAACAAUAAACAAACUACAAAUAUUGCUAUUGAAAGUACCACCGAUUAGUUAUGUACCACCAUCUGAUCCAUCAGUUGACUUCAUCAUAUUUUGAAUUUGCGACUGCUGGGAUGUAACAACUUACCGGACAGCCCAAAAAACCAUACAAGUCAAAACAAAUCGUCAGAGCCAAUUCGCGUAUCGAGGCCUCCCAGCUAAUAUUCAGUAUUUAGGUAUUCAGUUUAAAUAUGUGCUAUCAUAGUAGGUCGUUCCUAAAAUAUGCUCAUUAUAUACAUCGACACUGUACAUAUUGUAUACAUUGCAUAAAAUAUAUACAUUGUACACGUUGUAUUCGUUGCAUACGUUGUAUACGCUGUAUACGUUGUAUACCUUGUAUACGUUUCAUACGUUGUAUACGUUGCAUACGUUGCAUAUGGUGCAUACGGUGAAUACGGUGCAUACGGUGCAUACGUUGCAUACGUUGCAUACGUUGCAUACGUUGCUUGCGUUGCAUACGUUGCAUACGGUGUAUACUUUGUAUUCUUUGUAUUCUUUGUAUUCUUUGUAUUCUUUGUAUACUUUGUAUUCUUUGUAUUCUUUGUAUACUUUGUAUACUUUGUAUACUUUGUAUACUUUGUAUACUUUGUAUACUUUGUAUACUUUGUAUACUUUGUAUACUUUAUAUACUUCGUAUACUUCGUAUACUUUGUAUACUUUGUAUACUUCGUAUACUUCGUAUACUUUGUAUACUUCGUUUACUUUGAGGCCCGUCUUACACUAAUCGAUAAUAUUUCGCUAGUUUGAGAGGCAUCUCAACCCACCAAAUUCAUUAGACUUAAUACUUCGCUACUACUAAGAUGCCUUCUCAUUACUGAUCGGGCCUAAGAUUCUAUGAUUUUGUGUGAUCCUUAUCAUGGCGGAGCGACCCGUGUAAAUUGCUACAUCUUGGUAGAUUCAUAACGGUUUAACGUUUGAUGAAACUCUGCUUGCGGACUCAGUAAAGUUUAUAUCUAUCCCUUAGUAUUCUUUUUAGCAUAAAUAGUGAUAGUGAUCCGAUUACCCGUUUUAGGAUAAAAGAAUACUUAGUGGAUGGACCUUGAAAGUUAACUUAUGUCAUCGUACAUUAUUGUAUUGUUGUGAAAAGUAUUUUCGUUACUACAAAUGAAUUUGUUAAUGUAUGUAUAUAACGUGUGAUGCACUCCGUGACAAAACUGUAACAUAGCUUAGGCUUAGUACAAUAUAUUUCCCACUUGCCCAUUAUAUUGUAUAGUGUUAGAAUCAUAUCCAGAACUAGUAGCAACGGAACAAUCGCAUUCCGUUUCAUUACAACGUUUUUUAUACUUGAACCAGCACAAAUGUCUAAAGCCUAAAUACCGGUGCAUGUGGCAUGCAAACAUACUGGUCCCAUCGCGUGGUACUUCUGCGUUCGACAGUCAGAGACCAUCUACCAUCUACGGACACGUCAAGAGAAAAAUUCGCCUAGGACGGGAAGUUUUUGUUUUAUUAUACAGGGUGUUUCAAAUUCCUCACCAUUGGGAUGUCGGAAAUUGUAAGAGAUAGGACGUCAUUUAAAUGGAGGCAAAGUUGCGUAUUUAGGUAAUCAACAAAAUGCCGCUUAGAAUGUUUCGGAAUUCAAAGUACUUCCGGAGGGAGACUGAAAAAACUGAAUUUUUCCAAAAUGAUUUGUAGUAGAAUUUCAAAAUGAAUUGCACAUAAACACUGUACAUUUUUGCGCAGCUGAAUAGAGUUUUAAAUCUGAUUUCAAAAUGUUUAAUACGUCUUUCAUUGUCAUUGCCAAACCUUGGUAAAAAGACAUUCCUAGGUAGGCCUUGAAAUUAGCGGAUUUCAUUUGUUUCGUAUACCAGACAUGGGGCUUGAUUCUAAGUGAGUUUAGACCAUUGAAAUUGAUUUCGAUGGCGCCUUGUGACGAUACACUUAAUUAGCUAUGAUAAUUUUGACACUGAUAAUUUGAAUAUAGAAGAUCAGAUGGCAAAAAUAUCUAGCGAAUCAAGUAUAUCGUCGCAAGUCGCCAUCGAAAUCGGUUUCAACGGUCGAAACUCAUUUAGAAUCAAGCCCCAGACCUCAAAUUGAACAUGACAACAGAGUUUGGAAGACUGAAAAAUAUAGUAAAUCGAGCAGUAAAUAAUGUACAGAGUAGAGUCAGGCUUUGCCUACAAAAUAAUGGACAACAUUUUGAACAUCUGCUAUGAUUUACCUCUGAUUAUUUAUCAUUAUUAUUACCAUUAAUUUUCAUAUUGGGUUUAUCAGCGCAAUUCUAAACUCAUCACCUGUCUGUUUGGUACCGUCGUCCAAACACUACGUAUGAUACGCGUAUGACAUUGUUUCAGCAUGACACGCUAUAGUGAGCAAAUACCUCCAGUGGAAAGUGUAUAUUAUGGAAUCAUCUACAGCAAAUUUAGUUGAUCGUUACAGUUUUGUCACGCCGAGCAAUCCAAGAACCACACUGGUACUCGAAUUCUUCUGAUAUAUGUAAUGUAUAUAACUGUUUGUUCGUGCUUCCAAAGUUAUGUUAUAAUCUAAUCUGCAUCAUCAUAUUUUAAUAAAGUUGUGUGAGUUACAAGUUACAGGGGAAAGUUGGGUAUAUUGUACCGGUUUGUAAAUUGUACCACCUGAUUAUUUACUGAAUUGUGGAUUUCUGACCAAAAGUUGUGAUUGGCGGUCGCUCGUAAAACUUGAAAUUUGAUGAUAUCUGUAAAACGUGUUCCACAGUAGGUAUUAUACACCGAGAAAGAAUUUUAAUUUAACCAAUCAAAAUUUGAAUUAGGCCAAUUAAAACAUUUAUGAGCUAACAAGUUUAAUUAGUUCAAUUAAACUCCGAUUUCUAAGACAUUUUACUUGAAUCUAAGAAACUAGUUUAAUUAAAUCAGAACGCAAUCGUUUAAUUAAAUCUAUCAAACCAUUUACUUAGAUUUAUUACCUCAAUUUAUUUAAAAUUAAUAAUCGAUUAAAAUGAGUUGAUAUGUGGAUCGAAAAAAAUUUGUUACAUCACCACGUACCGAUAUGAUGAUACGAUAAAAACUACGUAUUUCAAUGCUAAACAGCAAACUCGGCAAGUUUGCUUUUCAGAAUAGCGUAGAGUAGAGGUGGUUAUAGCUCAGGGUAUCACAAUAACCAUUCACAUCAUUGAAAUCUUCAUCGGUUCUUAUUAUUCUUAUAAGUAGGCCGUUUUUUUCAGUGAGGGGUUCAAUGUUGACUAGCAUUUCUUUUCUUAUCAAUUCAUGAUGAGCAAGUUGUUAUUUCAGAGCAAUCUUGAUUGCAAGUCGGAGUUAAUUCGUAUUAAUUCCACAUUUUCUUUGCUUUUUCUAUAAUAUUGCAUUGGCCAUUAAUGGUACUAUUGAGGCUUCUCUCGGUAUCAAAAACUUUGUCUUAAAAAUCGGUUGUUUUUUUUCUCAACCUAGUAUGUAUGUAUUCGUCUUCCUCUUUUGAUUGCUGUAUUAAUGUCUCAAUUUCAGCUUCAUAUUUUACAAGUUUUUCUUUAACUUCGGCUCUAAGGUUAUCUAGCUUAAAGUGAUAAAUCCUAUUUUCAUCGAAAACAUAAUUAAUCUUGUCCUCCUCAGCUUUUUCUGUUGUUUCGCAUGUUUCAGAGCAUACAUGAAAAAUCGAGAAACACCCGACACAUACGAUGCAGCAUCGAAAUUGGUUAGCCAUGUCCAAUUUGCUGAUUAUGAAUAUGAAUUCAUUAUCUUGAUUUUAGCCUGUUACGCCACUCUAAUGUUUGUCUACGCUUCCUUUACCAGACUGUGGUUAUAGCCCAGGCGACAGAGACAAAAUAGGUAUUUCGACAAAUACAUAAAAAGAUUCAGCCAGAUAUGCGUUGUUGUUUAUUAAUAAUGGGAAAACCUCAACAUUCAGUGUGUUGCUUGUAUAAUUUUCAAAUUAAAUUUCAUACAUAAUCGGUAAACUGGUUUAAUAGUUUAUGUAAAAAGCGAAUUGUUUACCCCAGAGACGAAUUAUUUAAACAACUGUUCUUGGCCAAGAUAUGUUCCUAGAACAUUUUACAAAAGUAAAAUGGACUGUUGAAAGUUACAACUUCAAGAAUUUAUGCAAAAAAUUAAUUACUUAUUUCAAAGUUGUUGUUAAGAAUGAUGCUAAAAAUAUGCAUUUUAAUAGUAGUUAUAAACAUCAACAAUAACCACUUUAUUUUUCAAUAUAAUUUAUUUGAACAAGUCGAUCUGGAUAGGUGGUUAAAAACCCACAUUUUAAAAAGUACUACCCAACAAAUUUACUGCUUUUUUCUACCGAAGCAGCCGCGGAUGCAAAAGUCGAGACACCGCGGCUGCUAUAAGGAUCCCAAAGAAAUUUUGUUAAUCCGAUUUUUGAACUGCCUAAGGUUAGUAGAACUGGGUGAAGCUUCCUCUUGUAGAUUGUUCCACAAUCUCGACACCCUCGGGUCAAAGGAGUGGUCGUAUUGGCCAGUUCUGGAUGUACGAAGUUUGCCACGAUUAUGAUGGGUAAAGCUUCCUUUUGUAGAUUGUUUUACAAUAUCGACACUCUCGGGACAAAGGAGCGUAUUGGCCAGUUCUGGUACUACUGGCAACGUUAUUUGACAUUUUUAAAAUGCAACAUUUUAUGGUCUACACAGUUCCAUUAUUCCACUUAAAUGAACACUAUUUUAUUAAAGAUAUUAUUAAAAAUAUUAGGAGGCGAUAUAAAUACUUCCGUUUCCUUAAAAUACUUUUUUCACUAUCAAGUUUUUUUUUGUGCAUUUUUAUAAAAACGUAAAGUAUGCCAAAUGGUACAAAUUACCCAACUUUAAGUAACAACGAAAAUAUUUUUAUGAUCUUGAAUGCCUCAACAAACUUUUUUUGGUCACAACUAAAUACAAUGAGGAAAACUAAAAGAUGUUUCUCAAUUUUCACUUUGCGAUCACAGUUUUGUCACGUGUCGUCAAUUAUAUGGAGGAUGCGGAUAUUCUUAUUUUUUGCAUGCGUAACUUGGAAAUACGUAGGAGGUACCGAAUCGGUAUACUUCUAAAAAUGUUUCCAGAGCGUUCAAUUCUAAAUUAAUGAGUAAUUUGUGAAACGUAGAAUAAUGAAAUUGUGUGCUUCUUCUAUAACUCUCGUAAUUGUUUGGGACGUUUAGGGUCGUAUCGUCAGUCGUUCUUACAAUUGUAUGGCCUCCUUGAUUUUCAUAGUUUUCUACUGCUCCGUGUCAGCGCUCUACCUUGCAGUUAUGUCACAAAUAUCUAUUUACAUCAAAUUGUUCAUGCUUUUGAUUUACAUCAAAUGUUCCAUCAACCUGAACUUUCCUACAAUUCAAAAAGAAUACAUAAUUUUACAACAGGAGAGCGCUGACGCUGACACGGAACAGUAGAAAUGUAGAAAUACCCCAUCGUUUCUUAAGGAGAGAAAAGACUAUGAAAGUCAAAGAGGUCAUAAAGGCAACCACAAUUGUAGGUACGACUGACGAUACGGCUCCAAGGUACUCAUUUAUUUUUAAUGGGAUAGACAAAGUGACAUAAAAACCGAUGAAAAUCAUAAUCACAAUUUUCACGAUUACCCAGUUCUUAUUCCGUCGCUUAUCCGUAAGAAGAAGCUGCUACGAAAAAUGUUAGACUAAGAGAUUAUUUGUGUUUUAUUAUACGUAUAGUAGAGAAGUUUUACAUAUCAGUAAUAAACUGUAACGUUAUUGUGUUGUACAUUCGAUGAAAUUUGCAAAGUUGUUAAAUGUUGAUUAGUGUUAUAAAUAUUAUUGGACGUUAUAUAAAAUUAAGUUAUGUAUAAAGCUAAAUGUAAUUUGUCACUGAUGUACUGGUCUGGUUCUUGAUGCUUUGGAAGUACUAUCACAAAUAGAAUUGAUUCAAUGUACUUUUAAAGAUAUGAUUUUAUUGCCUUUUUGGGCCAUGUUUCUUCUCCAGAAAGUAAAAAGGGUAAGCAUGCAAUCGUAAGGAAUUUUACUCAAACUGGAGUUAAAAAAGUAGUUUCUGAAAUUGCAAUUUGGAACUGGGAGGAUGAUGUUAGAAAUGUGGAAUCUUCGCCCACCGAUCUUGAAAAUAAAGGUCAGUAUCAUUUCAGGUCUAGGCGUCUCAGCUUCAACAAACAGACCAUAAAGAAGGCCUAGCUAGAAAAUAUCCAUACCCACUGUAGAGGUCUAACAUGACGUUUUAAUGACGUCAACAGCUAUUAAUAAUGGCCUACGUAUACCACAAGAAAUGACGUUGGAAUGACAUUACGCUAGAAAGAAAUCUAUAAUAGCAGUUCGUUUUGUUAUUACGAUACAGAAAGGAAGUGAAUUUUUUACCCCGUCCUUUGGCAUCAGCAAGCCUAUGUUUCAGAACAAUAACAGCCAUAAGAUUACUUUUAUAUUGAAUUGAAAUACUUUUUAUAAUGAAUUUAUAUUUUCUCCAUUUAUUGUACAUACAGGGUGCCCCAGAAUAUGCGGGCGUGUCGGGUUGAUACAGAAUUAAAAAGAUAUAAGAUGUUCUUAUAAAAAGCGAAGACAGUAAAUCUGCAACACUAAAUAUCUUUUUUUCCUGAACUACCCCGUACGAUUAGACGAUUUUUACUUCCCACGCCACUCGUGAGAGAGUAUUGUAAUUGUGAAAAAUUGCAUGGCUUGAUUCUAGAAACUAAGUGCAUGGGCCUAUUUAACUGACUUUCUCUGUUAUUCACGUUUCUACGAAGGGCUAACUUUACACCGAACAUAAUAUUUUAUGACUGACGGCAGCAUUGCUUGGGAAGUGCAGAGUCAACCUACUUGACGGCUUUUUUACGUACCAAACAAAUUUUGGGCAUCAUAUGGUGGUGCUCAUAGACAAAAAUCAAAUCUCCAGCGAGGGACCAGCGCUAAGAACUUACACUCUGUAUAUUGAUGAUUAAAAUAUAAGAAUUUAGGAAGCCUGACCAUUUAGGUGAAGAAAUUUACUUAGACGCCAACGAAAAUUGAUUUUCUCACAGCGCGACGCAGCGCAUCAUUAAAAUACACCUUCCAGUGACGUCCUCAAGGGCCUGUACCUCCGAAGAGGUAUUUUUAUACAAGUUAUCGCCUCCAGUUCUACACAUAAGCAUAAACCUAAAACAAAUCCUGCGUCUGGAUACAAUUCUUGAGCAACUGUGACAUUCAUGGAAAAGAAACAUGGUUGUAACGAAUUUCUAGAUACUAAAAUAUAGGAUAGCUGUCACGUGCAUUGUUCGAUAUACUCGUACAUCAAUUGCAAUAAGCAUCAUCAGAAAAUGGGUUGCCUCGGCAAUAUGGAAAAUGCGUAAAUAGACAUCUUAAAAUGAAUCAUUAGCAAGCAUCUCUUAAGUUUCAAUCCUCCACUGAGUGAGUUUGAAUGUUUAUUUUCAAAUAUUAUAUUUAUCAUUCAUAAUUUAUGCAUGGUAUAUAGUGAAAGUCAAGUUCCUUAGAAGGGCAUUGUAUCUAUGUAACAUCUCAUACAGAAUGGACCCUUAAAAAACAUAACUUCGUUAAUACCACACACACUGCUUGUUUUACUCUUUUUAUAUCUGCUUGUGUUGAGUGUUUUGUUCUUUCUGAACUAAAUACUGAAUAUUUUUUGUCUUGUGACAAGUUUUUCAAUACUCGACCGUGAAAUAUUGAAUGAAACUAGUUCGUGUAUAUCGAACAGUAAAUUGUGAGGGAGCUCUCUUAGGAAGUUACCGACAGGAAAUAUAAAAUCAGUGAAUUACUGGUGUGAUAGUGUAUGGUGCACCUUAUAAGCAUUAUAUAAGUAAAUAUAUAUUCAGAGGUCCAAAUUGUUAAACUAUUAGAGUUUUCUGCGAUUUCACAGGUUUUAUAAGCAUUAUAUAAUUUAAUAUAUACCCCAUAAUAUACAAAACAUGUAUCUGCAUAGUUAUUAGCCAGUUUUAAUUCCUUAGCCUUACAUAUUUUCAAAAUGCAUUUUCAUGUUACCCUACUCAUGUUACCAAC